AUGAUGGCUUGGAAAAUUGGUGUGCUAAUAAUGCUAUGGAUCACAAAUAUUCCCUUGCAUCGAGCCGAUAACUUAGAGUUACUUCUUGGAACAUUAAGAACACAUCAGAAAGCCGCGUGUGACGAGGAAAUGAUGACGCUUAUAUGUCCAAGAGGGACAACUAUUAGUAUACAAGUGGCACAAUAUGGUGCAUCUGCUUCAAAAACAUCGUGUUCAUCAGAGCUUACCGAAUAUCAACCAGUGGCUGUUGAAGUCGUUGGAGACACGUCUUGCACGUGGCCUAGUGCAUUACAGUAUUCUUUGUUGCAGACUGUGGUGGAAGCAUGUCAAAAGAAGCGUCAGUGUAAAUUUCAUACAAGCCCUAAAGCCUUCGGAGUAGAUCCUUGUCCUGGGUCUAGGAGAUUCGUCGAGGUCGCCUAUAAGUGCCGUCCAUACGAAUUUCGAAGUAAAGUGGGCUGUGAGAACGAUGUGCUUCAUUUAAGCUGUAACCCACACUCGAGGGUGGCCAUAUAUUCUGCGCAGUAUGGACGGACCGAGUACGACUCAAUACAAUGCCCGCAGCCGCGGGGAAUGAAAGAAGAAACUUGUUUGGAGCCGUAUGCAACGGAAACGUCUAUGAGGGAGUGUCAUGGGAAAAGACGGUGUGUUCUCUCAGCUGACAGCAAAAUGUUUGGACAGCCAUGCAGGACGGGCAGCCGCACUUAUUUGAAAGUCGUCUACACUUGCGUGCCCCGGACGGUCCUGAAAGAGCGCUACGAAAGUGCUCCUGAAGAGGACGAAGUCACUCACGAUGCAUCCGAUCUUGAACACGAUGAUGUUGAUGAGUCCAAUGAUCGAUGGUGGGGAGAAUCAGCAGUCCCACCUGCACCUGCUGUGGCUGCUGUACCUCCACAACGGCCUUCCCUUUCAACUAACCUAACGAGUAGAGAGGAGCCUUCAGUCGCGCCACCAAGGCAUCAACUACCGAACGAUGAUCAAUUCGACAUGGUGUACGUAUACAUAAUAGCAGCAGCGAGUGGCAUCUGUCUUUUGUGCCUUAUUGUCGGAAUCAUACGAUGUGUAAUGCACAAGAACACUGUAGAGCAAGCGAAAGGUCCAGACGUUUCAACCUGUGCUGAUAUCCCAAAUGGUUUCAACGACAGCAUAUCAGAAGUCGACAAUGACAUCAACAUAACUAGUCUCUCGGGACCAGUAGACACUGUUGAUUCCAGUCUAAAACAGGAUAUGCAAAUCUCUAGCAUGGUGUCCAAUUUGAGCCCAAAAAUCAAUAGAUACGUCGGUCGACCGGUACCUAAUACAUACCCGCAUGUUAGCACUAACAUGUAUGGACAGGUAGCUGAAUUCCCCGUAGAAAUGCCCCUACGAACUAUGCCUCACGGUACUCUUGGCCGCGGAGUUGCGGUCAAAACCCUACCUCGAAUUCAAAUGCAGACCGAGACGGACCCCAACUCUCGAAGUUUAUAUCGAUAUUCAAACGCGCAGUACUACUUCGGG